UCUAUUUACUUUUGCUUGAAUAUAGUUUUGGUAAAGGUGAUAAUCUGCUCUUUGUACCACAAGUCAAAAAGAUGAUUUUUCAUGCCAUGACGCAUGCCGUUUGCGAACUGGGAAUGAGAAGUCAGUGAGAACAAUUCAAAGAUGGAUGGUGUCAAAUCUCUGUCAUCAAUGUCGUCAUCAACUCCAAUCAACAAAGUGCAAGACGCCAUGCCACAAGCAACUCCGCAAAGAUCUUUGGAUAUUGUGAAACAGUCAGAGGACAUGGCACAAGCCAGAAGGAAAUCUUCUGCUGUCGAAAAUGAGCUGGCUAGAACCGUGCAAAUUGAUUGUGGGAGUCCGGUUUCAAGUCAUCUUCUUUCUGCAGAAAAGGCCAUGCCACAAGCCAGAAGAAAAUCUUCUGCUAUCGAAAAUGAGCUGGUUAGAACCGCGCAAACUGAUUGUGGGAAACCUGUUUCAAGUCAUCUUCUUUCUGCAGAAAAGGCCAUGCCACAAGCCAGAAGAAAAUCUUCUGCUAUCGAAAAUGAGCUGGUUAGAACCGUGCAAACUGAUUGUGGGAAACCUGUUUCGAGUCAUCUUCUUUCUGCAGAAAAUGCCAUGCCACAAGCAACUCAGCAAAGAUCUUUGGAUAUUGUGAGACAGUCAGAAGACAUGGCACAUGCCAGAAGGAAAUUUUCUGCUAGUGAAAAUGAGCUGGUUAGAACCGCGGAAACUGAUUGUGGGAGUCCUGUUUUAAGUCAUCUUCUUUCUGCAGAAAAGGUCAUGCCACAAGCCAGAAGGAAAUCUUCUGCUAUCGAAAAUGAGCUGGUUAGAACCGCACAAACUGAUUGCGGGAGUCCUGUUUCAAAUCAUCUUUUUUCUGCAGAAAAGGCCAUGCCACAAGCAACACUGCCCACAUCCUUGGACAUUUUGGGACAGUCAGAGGACAUGCCACCGGGAAUGAAAAUAUCUUCUGCUAGUGAUAAUGAGCUGGUUAGAACCCCUCAAGUUGAUUGUCAAGGUCCUGGUUCAAGUCAGCUUUUUUCUGCCAGAAAGGCCAUGCUACAAGAAACUCCACCUGCAUCCUCAGACAUUGUGGGACCACUAGAGGACAGCGCUCCAGGCCAAAGGAAAAUAUCUUCUGAAAUUGAAAAUGAGCUGGUUAGAACCCUUCAAGCUGAUUGUCGAAGUCCUGUUUCAAGUCUUUUUUCUGUGGUAAAGGCCAUGCAACAAGCAACUCCACCAGCAUCUUCAGACACUGUGGGACCACUAGAGGACAUGGUACCAGGUCAAAGGAAAAUAUCUUCUGAUAUUGAAAAUGCCACUACCCCUCAAGCUGAUUGUCGAAAUUCUUUUUGCAGUCAUUUUCUUUCUUUGGAAAAGCAGGAUCGGCCCGAGGAAAGCACAUCUGUACCUAAUCAGAAUCCAACUCCAACAAUAAUUCAAGAUGUGAACUCUACUUUCCAUAAAGUAGAAUCAUUCCUAAAGUCUAUCCCGAAGGAUCAUUUUCGUUCACUAUCAAGUACACCAAAUUCUAAUCUGGAGUCUGCAAAGGAAACAGUGAAACAUUUUGUUGGAGGACCAUUGAAGAUGUUGGCGGACCGAGCUAAUGAAAAGGUAUUGAAGGAAGCAAUUACCCUACUGAACGAGAAUCUCUCGUCAUUCACUGAUGAACAAGCCAGGCUGUUGGUAAAGAUCAAACAUAUAUUCCCUUCGAUAGUUCAAGACCUGAGGGACGCAAGCCAGACCGAGUCUAGUUGCCAAGACUUCUUCAUUGAUCUUGAGAAGCACAGGAAAACUUUAGAUGACUUGAGGAACACUGACAUGGAAUUGAAGUUAAAGUAUGAUCAAGAAGAGGCUGAAGAGAAAGAAAUGGAAAAUAUGCUUAUGUUCCUUAGGAAGAGGAAGGCUGAAAUUCUAGAGAAAAGACUUGAAUUAUCUGUAAAGGCUAACCGCACUAUGUCCUCAGCAGAAGAAAAAGUAGGUAAGAUUGAAGACACCAAAAUAUUGUUGGUCAAGGCUAAAGAGAAAAUUGAUAACUUAAAGAGGCAAUGGUCUGUUCUUAAACCUUUGCUUCUGUAAUUUGAAUGUCAACUCUUGUAACUGUUGUAUAGGGCAAUGUUAGUGUUAAUCAGUGCACUCUUUCGAAAAAAAACAAAAAAGAAAAGGGAAGGGACAUCUUGAAUGAUCUGGUUUUUGCAGUCGAUGAAGUGAGUUAAGGGUUCGGUAUGAUCAAUCUGUUUGGGGUUUAUUGGUUAUCCUUGUGAGCCAUCAAAUGGAGAUUGUCCAAGAUUUCGAAUGGAGUUAACUCUCAACUGCUGUGAAAGGUUAACUAGGAAACACAAAUUCUCUUAUGAAAAUGACAUGAUGUGGUAAAUUCAUGUUAUUUAUGUAAGAUAACACUAUAUAAUACUUUUUUAUAUUAAAAGGGUGUUGUAACUUUCAAUUUUAUCCUGGAUGAAAGUUAGUGUAUUUUUUGUAUAGAGCAAGUUUCAUCUUUU